AUGUUUUCGGUUUUUUGGCAACGAGAUCUCAUGCGACACACAUCUCCUCUACUUUCCUCUUCCUUGCACUUCUCCAUCACCAGCAUACACAACAAGCUUGCAAGCCCCAGCGACAAUGCAGAUCAAGCCUCUUCUUCUCCUCUUUGCUGCUUCGUCCCACGUUUUCGGUGCUACUACCGCGGACGUCGACGAUGUUGUAGCCAACGUUGAGGCCUUUGAGACAACCAAGGCAACAUACGAAAGUCUUGCCGAGAUUGUUGCCAAGGGCCGCGAAGCAGCUUCCGAGUCCUCAGGGCUCGCAAAGCGAGCAUGCCCGCCUCAAUACAAGGACUGGGGCACAUGUAUUCAGGCCCAGGGCCAACAGUGCAUCCUGGGGUGCGUCGGGUACAUCAGGCGUCCUGCGCAGCACCGCUCCUGUAUGCUCCGAUGCCCGAACGUUUCGCUCAUCAACUGCGACCGUAUCUGCAACUGAUCUGUCUCCGGACAUUGCAAGCCUGGGCUAUGAGUGAGAUAUUGUUGUUGGACAGGUCCGACUAGUAGACAAUUUGAAGGCUCUGAUUAUUAGCUACUGUAUAAUGUGUAAAGAACCUCUUUCUCAACGGCCUAGGAGAAAGGGGGCUAGAGUUGAAUGAAGUCGC